GACAAAAAUACAAAUUAAUGAUGUUGAGGAAUUGAGGCCAAAUUUAUUGGACAUUGAAUAGAUCCCAAGAAUAACAGUUUCAAAAGUGUUACGAGUUUCUGCUUCCAAUGCCUCCUUGGCGCUUAUACUUUACUUACGUUUCCAUAACUAUUGGAAGUUCUUUCGUAUUCGGAUAUCAUACAGGAGUUAUCAACGCACCAUUAUCGCUCAUCCAAAAUUUUACGCAGAAAGUUAUUGAUGAAAGACGAUACACAUGUGGCUCUUCAUGCGUGAGAGUGAUUUUGUCAAUAUGCGUAACGGGAUUUGUUAUCGGCGGGUUAUUUGGGGGCCUUUUUGGUGGAGUUUUAGCUAACAGACUUGGUCGAAGAAAAACGUUGUUUCUUCUUUCCAUUCCAACAAUUUUAGGAUCUGUACUCAUCAUGGUUUCGGUGUGCUUGAGAUCGUUCGAGGCUAUUAUAUUCGGAAGAUUUAUAGUUGGUCUUUCUGCAGGUGCUUAUACAGUUGUAACACCUACAUACCUUUCGGAGAUUGCUCCAGUAAAGUCACGUGGUGCGGCAGGGGUUAUGAAUCAAUUUGUUACAGUGCUUGCUAUUCUUUUAUCACAGGCCCUAGGUCUGUCACAAGUAAUGGGGACGGAUAAAUUCUGGCCAUUCUUGUUGGGUCUUUGUGCUCCUGUUUGUCUUUUGCAUGUGAUACUCAUGAUUUUUUGUCCCGAAAGUCCUAGCUACUUGUAUUUAGUAAAGGGAGACAAAGAUGCUGCAAAACAUGCUCUUUUGUUACUAAGAGGUAAGAACUAUGAUGUCUUUAUGGAGCUUGACUCAUUUCAACGAGACCCGGAAUAUAACACUAAACAUUACUUUGGAAUGGGUAACUUAUUUCGAGUUCAACAUCUCCGAUGGGGUUUAUUUGUUGCCCUUAUUCCACAUUUCGGGCAGCAACUCUCAGGAAUCAAUGGUGUUUUGUAUUACUCUGUUCCACUAUUCGAAAGUGUUGGCCUAACCAACAGAGACGCAAGUUUUGUCAAUCUUGGGGUUGGAGCAGUUAUUGUGUUAGGAACAAUUAUGUCAAUAUGUGUUAUUGACAGAGGAGGCAGACGGAUGCUAUUACUCGUUGGAUUUUCAGUAUGCCUAGUCAGUUUAAUAAUAUUCACAACAGUUUUGUCAGUUCAGAAGUUCAGUAAUACAUCUUGGUUACCCUACAUUUCUAUUCUUGUAAUAUACCUAUUUGUUUCAGGAUUCUCCUUUGGCCCAGGAUCUGUUCCUUGGUUCCUCGUGGCUGAACUAUUCACUCAAGAAUAUAGAGAUGCUGCACAAAGUGUAGCCGUGGGUACAAAUUGGUUGUGUAAUAUUCUGGUUGGACUUCUUUUCCCUCAACUACUCGCGCUUAUAGAUUGUUUUGCCUUUGUACCAUUUAUUUGUGUGCUCAUAAUUGUGAUUAUUCUAAUUGCUUUAUAUUUACCGGAAACAAAAGGAUUCAAUCCAGUUUAUAUUGAAUCAGUUUUCAAAGCUCAAUGUAAACAUCCAACACUUAUGCCGGUCAGUUAAAGUACCUUUAACCCCAAAAAUAUUUUUUUAUAUCAAAAGACUAAAAGAUAAAACGAUUUUAAUCAUCAGUUAAAAUUAUUUAAAAUUAUACAAAUCAGUGCAGUACCAUCAAUGAAUUCGAUUUGUAAACGUCACUUUGAAAUGUUUUAUAUUACAGUAAAAUGAUCAAUAAAAUUAUCCCGUUGAUUAAUAUUGAUUCCUAUUACACUUCUGAUCAUAAAACAAAAUAUGACUGUUUAUAGCAGAUAUAAUUAUUCGAUUGUUCUUAUCAUUUAUAUUCAUAUUAACUAAAUUUUUGUUUAUUAAUUUAAUAAAAUUUAAUGAUUUAAAGUAUUUAUUUCAUUGAUUAUUAUCUAAAGUCAUGGAUACAAUAAUAAUAAAAUCAUUUAAUGAAGAAAAUUUGUUGCCAUUUCACUAUUUCAAUUUUGUUUAAUCAAGUAAAUGGAAAUUAACUUUUAAAGCAGACUAAAUAAAUCGAGUAUUCAUUUGAUAAUUGUGAAGUUUUUGGUAUAAUUUACUAAAAAAUAUAACC